AUGGCUUAUUCGAACCAAAAUAGCUUCAACAAAAGUAAAAGCCAUGCCAAUUCCACAUCCAUAUUCAGUCAAGCCCGCCGUAAAAUGUCAUUCCGGCGGAAGAAGUUAUCGGUAGUCCAGGUUGAAGCCAGAGGAAAGAAGCACCGGCAGAAAGUCUCUCCAGUGAAGAUUUUCCGGCGAGACGGAUUAAAGGGGAAGAAAUUGCAGUGCUUGAGUAUGAAGAAAAUAAAAGAAUGUUAUUGGUUGGCGGUAAAUGAUAUAUUGGAAGCAAUUGAUUCAUUCGAGCGACGACUUGUAAUAGAUACCUCUUUUGCUAUUCCAAUGAUGGGACUUUCCUUCAUUACUUUUCCAAAUCAUCGUGGUAUUUGA